UAUUACUCGUCAUCCCUAUUUAUAUUAGUGUUUGUAAACAUUGACCUUAUUACGAUAUCAUCUACUUUCCGUCGAUCUGACCAUCUUCUAGUUCGUCAGAACUAGUUAGAUCAGAUAACGCUGUACCAUCGUAUUUGCAAAUGCCAAACACAAGUAGAAUUAAUGACAAACAUAACACGUUCCUUCUAAAUCGCACGCGUGUUCCAAAAAUGUUCAGAAUCGACUUUCUCGAACACGAAGUCACGUGUGAAUGAGUUUCAUUGUACAUUUUAAAUUAAUCUUCACGUGGGUUUUUAUUACCGCUUUGGUACACUAUGAAUAUCAGACAUUUUGUAUCGAUGGUAAUCAGCGUGACAUUGAUUCUCACCGUACAGUGUACUAGAAAAAUUAUUACCACACGUGAUGACACGUUGGUACUGAGCAAACUUGUUAAAAAGAAGCGGACGGGUUACUUGUCAGCCGCUGUAUUAUUAGCGUUUCCGCUGAACACGCUGUAUAUGAUCAAUCGCGAGCCAGAAAUAAAAGGCUACCACGAUGUGGCCUGGAGUAUUGAAGUUGCUGCUGUUACUAACAGUCCUGCUACAUCAAUUAAGAUGUACGCAGUCAAAGGUAGGGGACAGCUUCCGGUUGAAGGAGAAGGAAGUGUUAGACGACAUCCUAGGACCAGGACGGUACGACGCACGUAUCCGGCCCAGCGGAGAAAAUGAAACAGAUGGGCCGGCCAUUGUCCGGGUAAACCUGUUUGUGCGAAGCAUUGCGACAAUUAGUGACAUCAAGAUGGAAUAUUCUGUACAAUUAACAUUCCGGGAACAAUGGCUAGAUGAUCGAUUACAGUUUAAUGAUCUUAAUGGUCGUCUGAAAUAUUUAACGUUAACGGAUGCGAGUCGUGUUUGGAUGCCAGAUUUGUUCUUUUCGAACGAGAAAGAAGGCCAUUUUCACAAUAUUAUUAUGCCGAAUGUAUACAUUCGUAUUUACCCAAAUGGUUCCGUUCUAUACAGUAUACGGAUAUCCUUGACGUUAUCAUGCCCAAUGAAUUUACAAUUGUACCCUUUGGAUCGACAAGUUUGUUCAUUGCGUAUGGCAAGUUAUGGUUGGACAACCGCCGAUUUAGUAUUCCUGUGGAAGGAAGGAGAUCCGGUCCAAGUUGUUAAAAACCUACACCUACCUCGGUUCACAUUGGAGAAAUUUCUUACUGAUUAUUGUAAUAGCAAAACUAAUACUGGAGAGUACAGCUGUCUGAAGGUGGAUCUGCUCUUCAAGAGAGAAUUCAGUUACUACCUUAUUCAAAUUUACAUUCCUUGCUGUAUGCUCGUCAUCGUAUCCUGGGUAUCAUUCUGGCUCGAUCAGAGUGCUGUACCAGCUCGAGUUUCGUUAGGCGUAACAACACUGUUGACGAUGGCCACACAGACGUCAGGAAUAAAUGCCUCACUGCCACCAGUCUCUUAUACAAAGGCUAUUGAUAUUUGGACAGGCGUAUGCUUGACUUUCGUAUUCGGCGCUCUACUCGAAUUUGCUCUAGUAAAUUAUGCAUCGCGAAGCGACAUGCAUAGUGAUAAUAUGGAGAAAAAAUAUCCGCCGUCUGAAACGGAACAAUCAUCAUCGAUCGAUCCAUCCUCCGAUCAAGUCGAACCAGAUCAUACGUCGAAUUUCCCUAUGACCGAAUAUGAUGGACCACUUCACCAUUCUCUACAGAAACCUCUGGUCCGACAGCCGGAGGAUACCAUGUCGAUGGAUAGGAUGCAGCACUGCGAAUUACAUAUGCAACCACGAAAAAAAAACUGCUGCAGGUCGUGGCUGUCCAAGUUCCCGACGAGGUCCAAGCGCAUCGAUGUCAUCUCACGGAUCUUCUUCCCCAUCGUCUUCGCGUUCUUCAAUCUCGCGUACUGGUCCGCGUACCUGAUUCGGAAGGAAGAGGAGAACGAGUAAAUGUGGAUGAGGAAGCGCUCGGAUCAAGGAACGUGGCACGCGGCCAUCCCCAUCAUUACCACACCAGAUCACAUCGUUCACGCCCUCGUCAUCAACACUAUCAUUAUAGACACGAUCAUCACUAUCACCAACACAACGAGCUGCAGCAGCAGCAGCAGCAGCAGCAGCAACAGCAGCAGCAACAGCAGCAGCCGCCGCAGCAGCAUCAACCGUUACCGUCGCAACGUCAUCGACAUCAGCGGUACCAACCGCACCAAGGUCAGCCGCGAUCAGCGUCUUUUUCAUCAUUGCACAACGCGGAGGGUAACGGUCGGUGUUCGCCGAGAAGCGCACGCCAUUCUCACAGAAGCUCAGCGAAAUCGUCGCCAUCGCCCUCGCCACCGCCCUCACCGUCACCCGCAACAUCGCGCAGAGCGACACCCUCGCCCCCUGCGACGACCGUUCCAAUAAUAUCCACCAAUGAUUUUCGUAAUUUUCAACGAUUACCGUUCUCGCGUACCGAGAGGUGCUGUUUGGGUCUGUUGCCACGCAGAUGGUUCACCUGUCGAGCGAAAGGCAGCGCGAGAAUCGAUUUCUUCUCGCGCAUCGCUUUCCCGCUCACCUUUAUACUGUUCAAUCUUGGCUAUUGGUCCAACUAUCUUUUCCAAAAGGAGGAACAUAUCGACUCGCAUAAAUAAACAAAGUUUGCCGAUACGGAUCGAGACGCCAGGAUGGACACGCGCGAAAUCGCUCCGGGGCGAAUCCAACUUCGAGGUCUUGUCGCUCCUAUUUACCGAACCUUGCUCCCUUGCAUCGGUUAUCUUUCGAUAUCGAUUACACUGGUCAUUGUUCCUCUAACCAAUUAAUUCCAGUUAAAUUAAGAUAUUCGGCUCUGGUUAAACGCGAACUAAAAAUGAAAAUUUUGUAACAACUUUUUGCCGAUUUUUACGUUUUAUAUUCGAUAGCCUUUUGUCUGAUAUGCAACUUAAGCAAUCUAUUGUUGGAACUAAACGUAAACGACACUAAGGAGACUUAAACGUAGUAUUUUCAGCUUCGUUAUUUUAAUUAACGAAGAGAUAACAAUUUCAUCAGUUUUAAUGUCGUGUUCCACGUAACAAACUAAAGAAAAAUAUUUUAAUCUACUUGAAUUAAAUGAAUCAUGCCUUGUGUUUCUCAAACCAGAGCCAAAUAAUUCUUUGCUCUUAUUUUCGAUCUCAUUAUAAAGAAAUAAAUAGGAACAUAGCAUAACCAUAAAGAAUACAAACUAUUGUUUGCAAUUUAUCGACCAGUGUAAUCGGUGGCGCAAAACAAAAGGGAACAGACAAAUUUCCGUAACAUACUAGAACCAUUUAACGGAGAACAAUAAUUCAGAAAUAUACGCUUCUAUGUAUUUACAUUUAAUCUAAUAAGUAUUUUUGUGAUUUCUAUACCAGAUUAUGAAAAUCAAUUUUGUUUGGUACAUCAUAUACAAAUUAUUAACAUAAUAAUUUUUUUAAAUUAUUGACAAAUUUAUCUGAUUACAUCACGUUAGAAAAAAUUGAUUCCAGUUCUCUUUAAAUUGUUUAAAAUAUUUUCUCUUAGAAUAUUAACGUCGAUGUCAUUGGAAUAAGUAUUUAUUAAAUUAAUAGUACAAUUAUCGAACAAAGAAACUCAUUUUUCGUACACAAUGUACCAGAGAUGGCCAAGGUGACUAAUUUCCAAAAAUUACAUUCACGAACUGUAAUUUGCAGAGAGCUCGAACAUCCAAGUAGGUAAAAAUUGAUGAGAAAACAAUUUCAUCGGAUUUUCUAUCGGACAUUUUGUCGAAGUAAUAUAAUAUUGAAAAAGUGAUUUUUGAACUUCAAGAACCACGCCAUAGAAGCUCGUAAGCCAUGGCCACCACUGUUGCAUACGAAUAACAGUAACGAGUUUUUGAAAAGUUAAUUUUUUGUCUAUAGAGUAAUGAAUGAUUGUCGAUAAUUGAAACAUCGAAUCGUAUAACGUCGACGUCGUAUAUUCAUCGAUACGAGGAGCAUGGUUCGUUUAAAUACUGUGCGUUUGUUUAACGAAAACAACGUGCAGCUUCGACGUAAGACUUUUCUUAAUAAUCCGUGCUUGAAGUUCGAUCAUCACAAAGACCAAGGAAAGCGCAACGAAACAACAACGCUCGGUACGGUAGGAAGUAGUUGACGAAUAUAUAUAUAAAAAAAAACAUAUACAAAAUGAAA